GUUAUCGCGCCGCCAUUUCCUGGUUGCAAUUUUUUUGUUUGUGUGACAAACCAAGCAAUGCAUAGUUUUUUUUUCCAAGCAAUGCAUAGUGUUGAGAAUCAUUGUACAAUCUAAACAGCUGUGAAAUAUAUUUUCAAUAACCAACAAUAUUGUGUUUUCAGCUGUUUGAACCUGGUAUACAAAAGUAAAAGACUCAAACUAAAUUUAGGAAGGGGAAGCAUAGAAAUAGCAUGCAUAGAACAUAUCUACCGCUUCUUGUACUUGCUUUAAAGAUGGCAUGACAGAUCUACAACUCACUUUUCUAUGGAAUUUGGUCAUAGCCCAAAAAAGUGACAUAUUGCAGCUUUAACUUUAAUAUAAACAAUGAAAAAUAUUGUUUAUAUUUAUGCAAACGAUACACUUAAUGUAUGCAGUUUAGGAAAAUUGCACCAGGCUGAGAAACAGGAAAGGUGGAAUGCAAUGGUCCAAUGGAAAUGUGCGUGCAAGGUGAGGACAGUCAUUGUGUGUUCUUUUGAGUUUUGACAUUGAUUCUUUGCCCGACAAAGUGAUGUUAAGAUAUAUAAGUUAUCCUGUACGAGCUUUUGUACCAAAUACAUUACGUUGCUACAGAUGUCAAGCUUAUGGGCAUGUGGCAGCAGCGUGUAGGAGGGAGGUUCCUAGGUGUCAGAAAUGCGCUGAAGUGCAUGAGACAAGGGAAUGUGUUGCAUUGGGGAAAGUAGUGGUAUGUGUUAAUUGUAGGGGUGCCCAUUUUUUCACUUUGACAAUCAGAGCACUGGGCAGAAAUCACAUCGCGUCAACACCCACCGCGGGCUUCGCGAUGCUUUAUUUUAAAGUUGUCAUAUGCCGAGGCAGUGAAGAAAGUAGAGGAAGAUGGAUCAAGGGGGAGGGAUCAUGAGAUGAGUGGUAUGAGUAGUAGAUCUGUACCAGUACAGAGGGAUAGGCCAACAAGUAAUAUAUGUUUCAGUAAGAUUGGAUUUUUAGCAUUUAUUGCAAUGGUUAUCAACUGUACUGCAGGGAUGGCAUAUAAGUCGCAGAAAAUUGAGGUUGUGGUGGCAGCUGCAGAGAAGUAUCUGGGUGUGCGAGACUUGACAUCAGAAGAGUUACAGGGUGUGUUUUUAUUUUUUAUUAUUUGACCUUUAUUUAAUCAGGCAAGUCAGUUAAGAACAUUUUUUUUUUUGUAUAUGUUAUUUCACCUUCAGUUGCGAACAAGUUAUCAUUUAGAUAAAGAUAAAGCAAAGCAGUGCGACCAAAAACAACAACACAGUUACCCAUAAACAAACAUAAAGUUAAUAACACAAUAGAAAAUAAAAAUAGAAAAAUCUAUGUACAGUGUGUGCAAAUGUAGAAGAGUAGGGAGGUAGGCAAUAAAUAGGCCAUAGAGGUGAAAUAAUGACCAUUUAGCAUUAAUACUGCAGUGAUAGAUGUGCAGAUGAUGAUGUGCAAGUGGAGAUACAGGGUGCAAGAGGCUAAGUAAUAACAUGGGGAUGAGGUAGUUGGGUGUGCUAUUUACAGAUUGGCUGUGUACAGGUACGGUGAUCGAUAAGCUGCUCUGACAACAGAUGCUUAAAGUUAGAGAGGGAGAUAUAAGACUCCAGCUUCAGAAAUUUUUGCAAUCGUUCCAGUCAUUGGCAGCAGAGAACUGGAAGGAAAGGCGGCCAAUGAAGUUUUGGCUUUGGGGAUGACAAGUGCAAUAUACCUGCUGGAGCACGUGCUACUUCCGGCGCCUACAGAGAUGGCCGCCUCUCUUCGCGUUCCUAGGAAACUAUGCAGUUUUUUGUUUUUUUUUACGUGUUAUUUCUUACAUUAGUACCCCAGGUCAUCUUAGGUUUCAUUACAUACAGUCGAGAAGAACUACUGAAUAUAAGAUCAGCGUCAACUCACCAUCAGUACGACCAAGAAUAUGUUUUUCGCGACGCGGAUCCUGUGUUCUGCCUUUCAAACAGGACAGCGGAAUGGAUCCCAUGCUGCGACCCCAAAAAACGACUCCGAAAAAGAGGGAAACGAGGCGGUCUCCUGGUCAGACUCCGGAGACGGGCACACCGUGCACCACUCCCUAGCAUUCUUCUUGCCAAUGUCCAGUCUCUUGACAACAAGGUUGAUGAAAUCCGAGCAAGGGUAGCAUUCCAGAGGGACAUCAGAGACUGUAACGUUCUUUGCUUCACGGAAACAUGGCUCACUGGAGAGACGCUAUCCGAUGCGGUGCAGCCAACGGGUUUCUCCACACAUCGCGCCGACAGAAACAGACAUCUUUCUGGUAAGAAGAGGGGCGGGGGCGUAUGCCUUAUGGCUAACGAGACAUGGUGUGAUGUAAGAAACAUACAGGAACUCAAAUCCUUCUGUUCACCUGAUUUAGAAUUCCUCACAAUCAAAUGUAGACCGCAUUACCUACCAAGAGAAUUCUCUUCGAUUAUAAUCACAGCCGUAUAUAUCCCCCCCAAGCAGACACAUCGAUAGCUCUGAACAAACUUUAUUUAAGUCUUUGCAAACUGGAAACCAUUUAUCCGGAGGCUGCAUUCAUUGUUGCUGGGGAUUUUAACAAGGCUAAUCUGAAAACAAGACUCCCUAAAUUUUAUCAGCAUAUCGAUUGCGCAACCAGGGGUGGAAAAACCUUGUAUCAUUGUUACUCUAACUUCCGCGACGCAUAUAAGGCCCUGACCCGCCCCCCUUUUGGAAAAGCUGACCACGACUCCAUUUUGUUGAUCCCUGCCUACAGACAGAAACUAAAACAAGAGGCUCCCACGCUGAGGUCUGUCCAACGCUGGUCCGACCAAGCUGACUCCACACUCCAAGACUGCUUCCAUCACGUGGACUGGGAUAUGUUUCGUAUUGCGUCAGUUAACAAUAUUGACAAAUACGCUGAUUCGGUGUGCGAGUUCAUUAGAACGUGCGUUGAAGAGUUCGUUCCCAUAGCAACGAUUAAAACAUUCCCUAACCAGAAACCGUGGAUUGAUGGCAGCAUUCGCGUGAAACUGAAAGCGCGAACCACUGCUUUUAAUCAGGGCAAGGUGUCUGGUAACAUGACCGAAUACAAACAGUGCAGCUAUUCCCUCCGUAAGGCUAUCAAACAAGCUAAGCGUCAGUACAGAGAAAAAGUAGAAUCUCAAUUCAACGGCUCAGACACAAGAGGCAUGUGGCAGGGUCUACAGUCAAUCACGGACUACAGGAAGAAAUCCAGCCCCGUCACGGACCAGGAUGUCUUGCUCCCAGGCAGACUAAAUAACUUUUUUGCCCGCUUCGAGGACAAUACAGUGCCACUGACACGGCCUGCAACCGAAACGUGCGGUCUCUCCUUCACUGCAGCCGAGGUGAGUAAGACAUUUAAACGUGUUAACCCUCGCAAGGCUGCAGGCCCAGACGGCAUCCCCAGCCGCGCCCUCAGAGCAUGCGCAGACCAGCUGGCCGGUGUGUUUACGGACAUAUUCAAUCAAUCCCUAUACCAGUCUGCUGUUCCCACAUGCUUCAAGAGGGCCACCAUUGUUCCUGUUCCCAAGAAAGCUAAGGUAACUGAGCUAAACGACUACCGCCCCGUAGCACUAACUUCCGUCAUCAUGAAGUGCUUUGAGAGACUAGUCAAGGACCAUAUCACCUCCACCCUACCUGACACCCUAGACCCACUCCAAUUUGCUUACCGCCCAAAUAGGGAGUUGUACUCCAGUCUAGUAGGUGGCGGUAAUGCAACAUAUUGGAUGCCAACCGCCGUUAAGCCUAAUCGAAGAAGAGUGAGUUGUAGGGAGGGAACACCUGAAAAACAGCCACACUGUGCAGAAGCUGGUCCUUCUUGGGUAUGAUAGUACUUGAAUCCAAAUAAUUGUUUGUCUAAAUGUUUUUGUCCUGCUGAGCUGAAUAAGAUGAAUUUACAUGAAAAAACUGCGCAUAUUAAGUGUAUAUUUUGUAUUUGAAAGAUUCUUUCUCGCUAGUAAGAAAGUUAAGAUCCAAAACUGUCCAAAACCUUAUCGCUAGUGAGGCUUAUAUGGGUAAACUGGAUAUACCCAAAGAGGAAGAGAGAGACCCAACUCGGCUGAAAAUAUUUUCCCCUCCAGCAGGUGUUUUUUUAUUUUUUUAUUUUGUUUAGCCCACCAAGCAAGGAGUUUUUGUCAGUGAGCGUGUCGAAUUUGUUCAAAAAUAAAAGGAAUGGCUUAUUUGCUACGUGAGAUUUAUUUGAUCGAAUAGCAGUUUGGUAAAGCUUAUGUUGUUACGUAGGGUUAGGGUUAGGAGCAUCAUUAUGAGAUUAAACAACUGCUUGAUACUUGCCUGUUUGUGUGUGUGACAAGAACUGAGUAACAUGGUGUGACCUGCAUGUUGCAAAACUGUAGAUAACAGCCCAGCAGAUGCUUUGUCCUUGUGUUUGUAUGUAACAAUAUUGAGCACAUGGUGUGACUUGCUGUAUCUUACAAAGUUGCGGUUAAGCAGGGAUAGGGGGGGUGGUCAUCACAAGGUUUAACUGAGAUGGAAAAAUACUGAACAACACAAAAGCAGGAACUGAGCAACUGUUAUAACUAGGGGGUGAUACCAGAACAGUAGGAAUCUUUUCAUCGACGGAGGGAGGACUCCAAGAAACGCCAAGAGGCGGGGACCUGCCUGAGCGCCUGCGAUAGGCUGAGUAAGUUUAAACCACGCCCAGACUCUACUGUGAUAGGCCAACAGACGGGUUGGAACAAUGUCUAUCACAGUAUAAGAACACUGUUUACGUACAUCCUGUCAGUUCUCUGUUCUGCCCUGCCCUGCGUGGUAUUACUGUGAGCCCGUAUAUACGAAAGUUGCAUUUGCCAUUUAUUACUUAGCUAAUAAAAAAACGUAGUAUACAAUCGGUGACUCAUUGUUAUAUUUAUCCUGAUACCAGAUUAGAAUUUACACAACUCUAACAUUACAUAAAACAUUAUAAAAAAUAUUCAGUUAGGUUGUGUGAAAAUGUUUCAUGGCGACAUCUCACUGCAAGUUAAGCAAACUUAAAAGCAACUUUUAUUUGGAUGCUUAACAACUAGGUUAUUAUGUAAGCCCGUUAAUUCUUCAAGGUACAGAGGAUUCUGGCAUUGCUCCCAUUCUUGAGGUUGUGGACUAACUGCAUGAUGGGAGAUGUGAAAUAUAAACUGCUGUAUUGCAACAUAGCACUUCAUUAAUGGAAUAAAAAAAAUUAAAGUCUGGAUUAUUUGCUAAAAUAAUAUUGGUUGAUAUUCAAUGUUAGUUCCUCAACAUAAAUGGAUUUGAACUUAUGCAGUGUCUCACUUACUCAUUAUUUUUCUUCCUCUCACUCUAAUUUCUCACCUUAGGGUCCAGCUUUACUGAGUGGUUUACCUCGUAGGUCCAUAAUGUGGUAACAGGAGAAUACCCCAUCAUCUGGGAUCAGACCUUCAGGAGAAUUCCCGGUGAUGACUCCGGUUAAAGUACAUGAGUACGCCAGCUGCACAACCUUCUCUGCUACCUCUGAGUACAUGGAAGGCCACAACACACCGCCUCAAGAAUGAGGAGAUCUUCGACGUCUGCAUCCCCUGCUUUCACAUGGUUUGCCCUCCAUUCCGUGAGUCAAUUGUACGGUCGCAGGUAUCAGCAAGGGAUGUUUCUAGUGCCUCUUUUAACAAAGACAACUCGUCAGACACUGAUGACUAUAAUGAGGGUGAGCUUUGAGGCAUAAACAUGGCAGCCCCAGGGGGACGAUGUCCAUGCCACAUUUUACACACUUUUCUCACCACAGGACUCAAUUGGGAAAGGGGCUGGGAAGGACUUUCACAGUUCCAUAAGAGUAAAGUUUGUUUUUGUUAUUUGUAAAGCUGUAGCUGAUAGCUGGAUGAUAUACUACCACAGCCUCUGCAAUAUGCCCUCCCAUGCAAAUCCAAGAUCUCGCCAUUGUUUAUUUUUUUUUCAACAAUGGCGCAAUCUGGAACUGGACAUUGACUAUUGAGAGCAGGGUUGUACACCUCUUUUUCAAUAGUAACAUUGUUCAUUCUCUAGCUGACUGCCUAGUGCCUUGAACUAAAGUGCAGAUUGGUGCUCUAUCUAAAUCCUAUGAAGAGCCACGCCAACUCUUCAGGUCCACUGUAGGUAGGUCGUUAACGCAUCAUCAAAAAGGACAUUUAUUUUACAUUGCAGCUGUUUCUGCAGUGGUGUUAAACAUUUAUAACUAUGAUGCUCUUAAUCAGAGAUGGUCACUGCCAGUGGUUUUCAAACCCAACAAAAACCAAGGAAUUAUAUGGAAACACAUAAAAGCUGGGCUGUUUGGAUACGCUAACAACAAUGACAAAGAGAAGCCCACAUGAAAGCUGUUGAGCUACUGUACAUUGGGAUGCCGUCUAGAUAUACAGGAACAUUUUAACGUGGGCUUGUCUCUGUCAUGCAUUAAUGCAUUUAAUGGAUCAGUAUCUUUAUUCAUUGUCAUGUGAUUAUGAUUAUUUGAAAGUCUGCAGAAAAACCCAUCUGUUUAGUAAAGCAGCCAAUCAGUGUGCAGUUUCUCAUAGAAAUCUGAAUGUUUGAACAAUGAGCUAGAGCAUCACACCCCUCCGUAUUUAUUUGGACAGCGACGCUAAAAUGAGUACCUUUGGCUCUAUCCUCCAGCAUUUUGAAUUUGAGAUCAAAUGUUUGAGGCAACAGUACAGAAUGUCACCUUUUUUGAGGGUAUUUCCAUACAUAUCUGUUUUGCCGUUUACAAAUUAAUGCACUUAAUGUACAGUGCUUUCAGAAAGUAUUCACACCCAUUUACUUUUUCCACAUUUUGUGUUACAUCCUGAAUUUAAAAUGGAUUAAUUUCAGUUUUUGUGUCCCUGGCCUACACAUACCACAUAAUGUCAAAGUUGAAUUAUGUUUUUAGAAAUGUUUGCAAGUUAAUGAAAAGCUGACAUGAGUCAAUAAGUAUUCAACCCCUUUAUGGUAAACCUAAAUGGGGUCAGGGGUAAAUUUGUAAGUAAUUUGCUUAACAAGUCACAAGUUGCAUGGACUCACUCACUGUGUGCAAUAGUGUUUAACAUGAUUUUUGAAUGGCUACCUGAUCUCUGUACCCCACACAUACAAUUAUUUGUAAGGUCCCUCGGUCGAGCAGUGAAUGUCAAACACAGAUUCAACCAUAAAGACCACAAAGACCAGGGAGGUUUUCCCAAUGCCUCGCAAAGAAGGGAGAUGGGGGAGGAAGAAAAAAAAGAAGCAGACAUUGAAUAUCCCUUUGAGCAUGGUUAAUUUAUUAAUUAAACUGUGGAUGGUGUAUCAAUACACCCAGUCACAAAGAUACAGGCGUCCUUCCUUACUCAGUUGCCGGAGAGGAAGGAAACUGCUCAGGGAUUGCACCAUUAGGCCAAUGGUCACUUGAAAACACUUAGUUUAAUGGCUGUCAUAGGAAACAACUGAGGAUGGAUCAACAAGAUAUACUGAACAAAAAUAUAAAUGCAACAAUUUAAGAGAUUUACUGAGUUACACUUCUUAUAAGGAUAUCUCAUUAGGCUCUAAUCAAUGAAUUCCACAUGACUGAGCAGGGGUGGAGUAAUGAAUGGACCCAGACAGUAAAAAUCCUCAGUUUCAUCAGCUGUCUGGGUGGCUGGUCUCAGAUGAUCCCGCAGGUGAAGAAACUGGAUGUGGAUGUCCUGGGCUGGCGUGGUUACAUGAGAUCUACGGUUGUGAGGCCGGUUGGACUUAUUGAAAAAUACUCUAAAAUGACGUUGGAGGCGGCUUAUGGUAAAGAAAUUUAUCUAAAAUGAUCUGGCAACAGCUCUGGUGGACAUUCCUGCAGUCAGCAUGCUAAUUGCAUGCUCCUUCAACUUGAGACAUCUGUGUUGUGUGACAACUGCACAUUUUUGAGUGGCCUUUUAUUUUCCCCAGCACAAGGUGCCCAUGUGUGAUGAUAAUGCUGUUUAAUCAGCACCUUGAUAUGCUACACCUGUCAGAUGGAUGGAAUAUCUUGACAAAUGAGAAAUGCUCACUAACAGGGAGGUAACAUAUUUGUGCACACAUUUCAAGAUAAAUAAUUUAUAGAAAUGUAAUUUAUAAUACAAAUUUCUGGGAUCUUUUAUUUCAGCUCACGAAACAUGGGACCAACACUUUACAUGCGUUUAUAUUUUUGUUCAGCAUCGUUACUACACAAUACUAACCUAAUUGACAAGAGUUAAAAGAAGGAAGCUUGUAAACAAUAACAAGUAUUCCAAAACAUGCAUCCUGUUUGCAAUAAGACACUAAACUAAAACUGCAAAAAUUUGACAAAGAAAUUCACUUUAUGUACUGAAUACAAAGCAUUAUGUUUUGAACAUACACAACACAUCACUGAGUACCACUCUCAUAUUUUCAAGCAUGGUGGUGGCUGCAUCAUGUUUUGGGUGUGUUUCUCAUCGGCAAGGACUAGGAAGUUUUCUUAGGAUAAAAAGAAAUGGCAUAGAUAGAGCUAAGCACAGGCAAAAUCAUUGAGGAAAACCUGGUUGUCUGCUUUCCAACAGACAAUUUGACCUUUCAACAGGACAAUAACCUAAAACACAAGGCCAAAUAUACACUGGAGUUGCUUAUCAAGAUGACAUUGAAUAUUCCUGAGUGUCCUAGUUACAGCUUUGACUUAAAUAGGCUUGAUAAUCUAUGGCAAGACUUGAAAAUGGCUGUCUAGCAAUGAUCAAUUUGACAGUGCAAAGAGUUUUAAAGAGUUUUAAAAAGAAUCUGCAAAUAUUAUACAAUCCAGGUGUGCAAA